GAUAAAUUUAAUAGAUUAAUUAAUUAUUUAACUAUAUCUAGAAGAAGUGUUCCUUAAUUUAUUGCGUUUGUAGCAGACGACGUUGAACAUGUGUGUAGGAUGUCUAACUGUAAUCGACUGUUUAAAAAUGUGCGAUUUUUUAAUUUUGAAUUAAUGAAUUGUUAGUUUAGAUCAUAAAGUUAUAUCAGUUAUAUCGUUAUUUUUAGAAAAUAAUGCAUUCACAUUUGAACGUUCUACUCAGUUUGAAUGACUAUUUGGAGUAAUCGUUUAAUUGAUAAAGGUUAUAUCUCUAAGUGUUGCACGGUAGCAAGAAUUGUUCAUGAUGAAGAUAUUGUCUUUAAAUGAAUUCCUAUCUCCAAUGUUUAAUCAACUGCCCACUGCUGGUGUUGAUGCAUAUGUCGUGAGACACAGUGAUCACGUAGAAAUGCACGAUGAGAUGCAUCCUUUCUAUGAAUACCUGCGUAAUUACCCAGCAGUUUCUAUUACUAGUGAUAUGCUUGGCGCGAGGGAAUGUAUUCGCGCUAUCAACAAUGGUUAUUUAUUCCAACCUAUUCAGGAUAGCGUUUUUAAAAGAAUUAUAAGCGUAUGGAGAGAAAAAGGCUUUACAGAAGCUUUACGUUUCGCUGCAUCUGCCGAUUCCGAACACGUAACAAAAGUGAUACACUGGAUAGCUGUAAAACUCACGUGGGCUUUAGACUCUAUGGAGAAAGGUAUUUUUCAAAGGGAAGCUUUACCAACCAUUGGAUCAGGAUCCAUUGCUGAUAUAGUCCCUACGCGUGAUUGGAAUACCUCGAUUGUACGUUGCAUUUCAUGGCAUCCACAUUGCACCCGUUUAGCUGUUGCAACCAGAGACGACAGAAUACGUAUAUUUUCAGAAGGUAUAUCAGGGAUACCAAUUUUACGACACAGUGCUCAAAAAUUCGUUUAUCAAUUAAGUUGGAGUCCUUAUGCCGGAAGAGUAUUAGCUGCUGCGUGUCAUAUAGGUGUUUUAAUAUGGACGAUCGAACUAGGUGCUGCUAGUAAUAUGUUGAGCCAUGCUGUGCUAUUAAAGCGAAGAAAUCAUAGUCCUGUUACUAGUGUAGCAUGGCAUCCACAGGGUAACAUAUUGGUGUCCUGUUCACCGAAUGAUUCCAAUAUGAUCGUAUGGGAUGUUUCCAAAGAGGAAGGUGUACCACUAAAACGAGUAGGUGGUGGUGGAUUAUGUUUUGUACAUUGGUCUUUUUGCGGAAGUCGUUUAUUUUCUGCCACAUGUAGAAACAUUUUUAGAGUUUGGCGGUCUGGUACUCCAACACCGUGGUAUGCAGAAAGAUGGACUGUACCAUCCGGACGUAUAGCUGCUGCUUGUUUUGGACCAGAUUUAGCAUUGAUAUUUGCAUCGAGCGACGAUCCUGUUAUUUUUUCAUUACCACUUCAGGAGAAUAUUUUUGAUACUAAAUCGUCAUUUGAUGAAAUCAAUGUAGCAUACCCUCUAAUCAAUUUAGCUGAAGUCACUUUCACAUCGGAUGUAAAUGAAGAUUCCAUUACAGUCGGUGGUCGAAUAGUAGCAAUGGAAUGGGAUCCUUCGGGCCGAUACCUUGCUGUUCUCUUUCACAAGAGUCCAUUGAUCGCUUUAAUACUAACGAGAAUAAGUAAUUUAGGGAAAGCGGUCGAAGUGAAACCAUUUUGUUUCAUUCAAGGUUUGUCCGGAGAAGUACCGAAUUGUAUAAAUUUUUAUAAGAAAUAUCCUUCCACGGAUUCAAUAGUCUGUUUGACUAUUGCAUGGAGUAGCGGACGUAUACAACAUUUUCCUAUAUCCAAUAAUUACGUUAUGAGCGAUGACGGUUGGUAUUAAAUAUCCCUUUUACAUUGUCAUUUGACUUAAAAAUUUCUCUCUAAGAAGAAAUUGAUUUCAUAAAAAAUAUAACUUCAAUUUCGAUAUCUAUAUUGUCUUGUCUUGUUUCGAGAUAUAAAAGUGUAAAGUGAAAAUUACAUCAUUUUUCUAUCGGUCUUUGACUUGUCAUUAUGUCGGAGAGAAACAAAAAAAGAAGAAAAACCAAAGAAAGAAAAAAGAAAAGAAAACGUGGUCCAAUGUUAGGGUCUCCGACAUGCUACGUGAGUAACGUAUAGGACAUACAAGUUCUCGAGUUGGGUACCUAAUUAUACGAAGUCACAUGCAGAGCGCACGCCUUUCUAUUUUUACGUUGCUUGACCGAAUGCUAUAUACCCCGACAGAAUGUUAUGCAUCCCUAGCUAUUUCCAAUACGUACUAUGUGUCAUCCGAUUUAUGGGUAAACUACUCGUCUACAGUGAUGUAAUCUCGAAAAUAAAUAAUAAAUAAUACCUUCUUUUA